AAGACAUGACAGAUUCAAAGACGAUAUGCAUUCUAUUUUUUUUAAAUAAACACGCAUUUCAAAUUAUGUUAUUAUUUUUUUCACCCUGUGACAUCUAUGUCAUAAAGUAUGAUUAAAAUCCUGAUAAAUCUAUAUGAUUUUACAGGAUCCGAAAAUCCUUUCAAUUUUAUCAGCGAGUUGGAACGAUAACAACAAACAAGCACAAAAAGAUUAACUGAUUAAAUUAAGCCUUUUAUAUUAAAUAGGAAUUGUCAUCUACCAAUGUCAUUCUUUAGAUAAAUAAAAAAAUGUCUGCAAUUAAAGUGCAAAAUUUCAUCAAUGGGAAAUUCUGUGAAACCACAAAUUACCUGGAUAGUUUUGACCCUUCCACUGGAGAAGUUUGGGCAAAGAUUCCAGACAGCACUGCGUCCAACGUUGAGGCAGCAGUUUCUGCAGCUAAAGAUGCUUUUUUAGGUUGGUCAGAAACAUCAGUUCAGGAGAGGUCAAAGAUCAUGAUGAAGAUUGCAGAUGUGCUAGAAUCUCGUUUGGAGGAGUUUGCUGAGUUGGAGUCGCGAGAUCAAGGGAAGCCAAUAUGGCUGGCUCAAACUGUUGACAUACCAAGAGCGGUGUACAAUUUUAGAUUCUUUGCUACCUGUGCUCUACAUGAUCUCAACAGAUCCAGUCAGAUGCAGGCAGUAGAUUGUUUCAACUAUACAAUUAAAAUGCCAGUGGGUGUGGCAGGUCUGAUAAGCCCAUGGAACUUACCAAUGUAUCUGCUAACAUUUAAAUUAGCUCCAGCUAUUAUAGCCGGUAACACAGUUGUUGCCAAACCAAGUGAGAUGACUUCAGUAACCGCCUGGAAACUGGCUGAAGUCUUAAACAUGGCAGGUUUGCCUCCUGGUGUCAUUAAUUUUGUGUUUGGUUAUGGCCCGACAGCAGGGGAGGCGAUUGUCAGUCACCCGGAUGUUCCCAUCAUAUCUUUCACUGGUGGUACGGUUACAGCAACAAAGUUGAGAAUGGCCGCUGCACCAUUCAGCAAGAAACUUUCCCUAGAGCUUGGAGGAAAAAACCCUGGUGUGAUAUUUGAUGAUGCUGACCUGGAGAAAUGUAUUCCUACAACAAUCAGGUAACUUUUUAUAAAUUUGGUAUGUAUUAUUAUCUUGAGAGUCUCUAGAAAAGGUGAUUAAUUCAUUAAUUCUAGGAAACUGGUUGUUGGGGACCCAAAAGCAGAGGGUACAUUUAUUGGGGCUCUAAUCAGUAAAGAGCACCUUGCUAAGGUGAAAGGUUAUGUUGAUAUAGCAAGACAAGAGGGUGCUAGUAUUCUAUGUGGGGAUGAGGACAUAAAUCUUUCAACAAAUAAUCAAAAUGGAUAUUUUAUGCGGCCAACAGUGGUGGCAGAUCUCAAGGACACAUCUCGUCUAAUGACGGAGGAAAUUUUUGGUCCAGUAGUUUGUAUUGUGCCAUUUGAUACAGCUGAAGAGGUGAUUGUAAGAGCUAAUGCUGUAAAGUAUGGACUUGCUGCAACAGUUUGGACAACCAAUGUGACAACACUUCAUAAAGUCUCCCAGAAACUACAUGCAAGUACAGUCUGGGCUAAUUGCUGGCUUGUAAGAGAUCUGAACAUGCCGUUUGGUGGGAUGAAAGAGUCAGGAUCUGGUAGGGAAAGUGCUAAAGAAUCUCUCGAAUUCUUCACUGAAGAGAAAACUAUUUGUGUCAAACUUUAAACAUAUUAUACCAACAGGGCAGUAACAGUAUUACUUAUAACAAUUGGAAGUUAAAGAAAUGUGACAGUGUUUUAAGAAUCUUGCCAUUUUUUAAUCAAAACAAUGUUAUAACUGUGAUAAUUAAAAAUAAGAUUACAUUGUGAUUUGAUAACAGUUUUGUCUGAUACUUUCAUUACAGUAAAUAUGUUAGUGGAAGAUUGGAUAAUCAUCAUAUAUUAGGAGUGCUUAAAUAUCAUUGCUUGUUAUAUAUACAAUGUAGGGAGUGCUUUUGUAUUGGACGGAUCCUGAUAUACAUAUUUGCACAAGUUAUAUAUUGGUUGUGUUUGUGAUAUAUUUGAACUUGUCGUAUAUUUCUACCUUUAUACAUUUGGGUAUUUGAAACAUUGUAUUGGAUCAUUUUAUAUUGAUUCAUAUAGUGAUAUUGAGUUGUAUAUAGUGAUAUUACCUGUCAUAUAUUGAUAGUAUACAGUUAUUUUAAGGCUGUUAGUGAGACAGUCAAGACUGUUGCCCCGAGGUGUCAGGGAUGACAUUUGGAACUUUUGCCAGAAGUCAAAGGCCAAGGGGAACAGUUUCAAAUGUCAUCCGUGACACUGAGGGACAAUAGUGUUGACUGUUCCACUAACAGCCAUGAAAUAAUUGUUUUAUUACCUAAUGCUUUGCAAUGAAACUAUAAUAUAUAUUCCAACAACAUACUGAUAACAUAUUCACAACUGUUUUAACUGUAAACACUGACGUUUGACAUUACCGUACAUUGAGAUUUUUAAAGCCACAUUUUAUUUCCAAAUACUGGCAGACAGCUUUAACGGAAAUACCUGAAGAGGUCGAUCUAGGUGUAACAGUUAAAAUGUUGACCUUUCAAUAGUUCCUUUCAUCACUGCGCAUGUACAGGAUUUUAGUGGUUCAAUUAAACAGUUGUUAAUAAGGAAUUUGUAUUUAUAGAAGGCAUUAGGUACUAAUGCCUGUUAUAUUUUAAUAGUUCCUGUUAAAUAUUGGUUGUACUAGUCAUUAAAUGGUCAGGGAAAAAUUUUUUUUUUCAAGAAGGAGUUAUGAAAUUUGUCGGGGAAAGGUCGGGAAAUUUCAAAAGCACAGGUCUAUCAUGAUGAAAAAACAAAAAUAAAGCAAAAUUAUAGUAAACCAUUCCAAUUGAAAUUUGAAAAGUCAAAAUAACUAAAUUUUGCCAUUAUUGUUUUCAAGUCUAUAUUCUACUUUGUAGUCAAUACCUCAAGUGAUCCAUGGAAAUUUCUACCUUUAUCCAUCCUAAUUGUUUUCAAAAUGGCCGCCAUAUGGUCUAUGUCCUUGUGUCAUACAGCAGAAGAUACCUAUACGUUAUACCUUAUGACAAUUUUUGUACCAUAAGUUUCAUGUUUUGUUUUCUUUCUUGCUUCAAAACGUUAAGUACCGUGAACUAAGAGGAGCACAGUAUAAUUUCUGCUCAACUUAAACAUCAGCAUUAUGUAUAUAUGUUUAGCUAGUAUCAUAAAGUAAUAUUGAUAAUGAUAGUAAUUAUUUUAUGCUUUUGAGUGGAUUACUGGUUUAUCUGUGAAACUAAUAUUUGAUAAUUUCACAGUGAAAAUUAACAAAAUAUAAUUUCACACUUUUCAAUGAAGAGACUAUUUGUUAAAGAUUUUCCCUAUGUGGUAUCUCAAUUUAAUUUUUUCUUACAAUUCAGACAUUCAAUUUACCAAACACCAAAUAUCAUCUCUAAUUUUUCAUUUCAUUUUAACAGUCUGAAAAAUACACAUCCUCCCACAUGCUAAACUGAUUUUGAUGACAUUUGGGAAUAUUUAAGUAUCCUACAAGCAAUAACUGUAUUGCAGUGUCUUAAUGCAAUGAUGCAUGUAGUCACCAUCCAGUAGUGUAACAACCCAGCAUUCAUAAGACAGCCUUUAAAAAAAUGCCAUGUUUUCCAAAUUUCUAGUAGCUUCUAGAAUGUUUACUCUUCUGUCAACUCAACAAUUAUUCAUUGUCUGUAAUAAUCCUCAAAUACGUUUUCUUUCUUAUGAAUGUAUGUAGAAAUAACAAAUCAAAUGAAAUCCCUCUGAAUCAAACACAUUUUAUAUUUUCCUCCUGUGAAAAACACAACUUUAAAAAUGGCGGUCUCUUACACUUCAAAGGACAGUCUAAUAAAAACUUCAGUGAAAAGAAACAGAAAUAAGCUCGGCAUCGUAUUCCUCAAAAUGAACAUAAUAUUAGCCUUUUAAAGGGAUUCUAAACUUUUUGAUAUACAGAAGCCUUGUUCAUGUAUAUCGUUAUAUUCUAAGGUGUAUCAAUUUUGUUUUUACAAGUACAAUGUAUACUUAUGAAGAGAUGAAAAUUAUAACAUGCAUUUUUGUCUGUUUUUGUCAUGCAUUUACUUAAAAGCACAACAUACACGGGUAUGGAUAUUUUUGUAGAUAAAUGAUUUUGUAGAUGAAUGAUUUUAGAAAAAGAAAAUAGAAAAAUUAAAGAAUUGAGUUAAAACUUCUAAGAGUAAUUCAGUGACAACACUGGUUGAUUUGUAUGUGAGAAGAAGGCCAACAGAUGUUAAACAGUAUGUGCAAAAUGCAAAAAAUAGAUACUAAAACUGCAGACACCAUGUUAAUACAUUUAUAUUGGUGUGUUAUUAUAUAAUGGCUGUGACAGCCAUAUGUCAUAUAAUGGUGCCCGUCAUAUAAUGGUGCCUGUCAUAUAAUGGUGCCCGUCAUAUAAUGGUGCCUGUCAUAUUAUGGUGAUAGUCAUAUUAAGGUGCCUGUCAUAUAAUGGUGCCCGUCAUUUAAUGGUGCCGUCAUAUAAUGGUGCCUGUCAUAUACAGGUGUCAGUCAUAUAAUGGUGCCUGUCAUAUAAUGGUGCCUGUCAUAUAAUGGUGCCCGUCAUAUAAUGGUGCCUGUCAUAUAAUGGUGCCCGUCAUAUAAUGGUGCCUGUCAUAUUAUGGUGCCCAUCAUAUAAUGGUGCCUGUCAUAUUAUGGUGCCUGUCAUAUAAUGGUGCCUGUCAUAUACUGGUGCCCAUCAUAUAAUGGUGCCUGUCAUAUAAUGGUGCCCAUCAUAUAAUGGUGCCUGUCAUAUUAUGGUGCCCGUCAUAUAAUGGUGCCUGUCAUAUAAUGGUGCCUGUCAUAUAAUGGUGCCCAUCAUAUAAUGGUGCCUGUCAUAUUAUGGUGCCCGUCAUAUAAUGGUGCCUGUCAUAUUAUGGUGCCCAUCAUAUAAUGGUGCCUAUCAUAUAAUCAAUGGUGCCUGUCAUAUACUGGUGUCAGUCAUAUAAUGGUGCCUGUCAUAUAAUGGUACCUAUCAUAUAAUGGUGCCUGUCAUAUAAUGGUGCCUGUCAUAUAAUGGUACCUAUCAUAUAAUGGUGCCAGUCAUAUAAUGGUGCCUGUCAUAUAAUGGUGCCUGUCAUAUAAUGGUACCCAUCAUAUAAUGGUGCCUGUCAUAUAAUGGUGCCUGUCAUUUAAUGGUGCCCCGUCAUAUAAUGGUGCCCCGUCAUAUAAUGGUGCCCUUUAUUCAUAUAAUGGUGCCCGUCAUAUAAUGGUGCCUAUCAUAUAAUCAAUGAUGCCUGUCAUGUAAUGGUGCCCGUCACGUAAUGAUGCCCGUCAUAUAAUGGUGCCCCUUCAUAUUAUGGUGCCCGUCGUAAAAUGGUGCCCAUUAUUCAUAUAAUGGUGCCCUUCAUAUAAUGGUGCCCGUCAUAUAAUAGUGCCUGUCAUAUUAUGGUGCCCGUCGUAUAAUGGUGCCUGUCAUAUAAUGGUGCCUGUCAUAUAAUGGUGCAUUUAGGGUUUGUUUUUGUGUUUACAUUCCAGUUAGUUUAAACAACAUUACAUGUAAAACUUGUUAUGUGUUGUGAUUUAAAAGUAGACUAAUAAAAUGUUGUCAUCGGUAUAUAGAACAUUAUCCUUGGUGCUGGCUAGAUGUAUAUAUAAUAUUAUAAAAGAUUGUUUAUGUUGUUGUGUUCUAUAAAAUGCCAUCAUAAUAACAUAUACAGGUACUUACAUUGUGCCUCAAAAUGUUUGCUUCUUUAGAAGGGUUCAAACUGGUUUUGAUAACGUUUAAAUAAUGGUUUUAGAGCAUUUAAGAUGCUUAUUUCCUGAAGAUAGAAGCAAUGACCUAUGAAAAAAAUUUGGUCUUAAAAGUAGCAAAAUGAAAACAAAGUAGUAUUUUGACAAAUUAGUAAAUCACCAUAAUGCAAUAGAGGUAGAAGAUGGUUCAGAUGACUGGCCAAUAAGUAACUUUUUUUAAAAGAUAAUAUAUCAAACAUAAAACACUUUUGAGAAAUAAAAAUGAUUGGGUUUCUGAGGAAUAAAGGGCCUUUAAUCAGUGUGUACAUUAAUAUUACUUAGAAUAACAUGUAUGUUGAAACUUUUCAGUAUUAGAAGUAUUGGCAUUAUUAUUUUAUUUAGUUGACUUUGUCAUUGAAAUCAAUCAAUCAAGGUUGUUAAUUGUAAUAAUAAAGGCAGCUGCAUGAUCAUUUACAAAUACUAGUAUUAUGAGCAUUUUUGUGUGUUAAUGGUGUCAAAUAUUUUCUAUUUUUAUUGAAUAUCAUUCUGAAUUUCAUGACAAGUUUGGUAUUUUUCUAGUACAUCAUCAUGUAUAUAAAUAAAUUGUCUAGGUAUUUUAUUUUGACUAUAUUCAGUUAUAAUCAGUUGUUAGUUUGAUAUUUUCAGGGUAAAAGAUUCAUCUUAUAUGAUUGUUGUUAUAAAGAGAUUAUAUAAAACUA